CAAAAUCACUUUUAUAUGUCAUCCAUUCCGCAUUCUGUAAGAUCUUUUGUAUCUUUUUAGAAGUUCGUGAAUAGUUUAUUGUAUUGGUGCAGUUUUGUUUCCAGUUUGGAAGGAAAUUAAGUUUUGAAGAAACAAUGGAUCGCCUUCUUCGUCUUGGUGGAGGCAUGACGGGGCUAUCUCAAGCGCCGCCUCCUACCGAUGCGCCUGCAGUUGAUACUGCAGAACAAGUUUAUAUUUCUUCACUGGCCCUCUUGAAAAUGUUAAAACAUGGCCGGGCUGGAGUACCAAUGGAAGUGAUGGGUCUUAUGUUAGGUGAAUUUGUGGAUGAUUACACAGUGCGUGUAAUUGAUGUAUUUGCGAUGCCUCAGACAGGGACUGGUGUGUCUGUUGAGGCUGUGGAUCCUGUGUUUCAAGCUAAAAUGUUAGAUAUGUUGAAACAAACUGGCCGCCCUGAAAUGGUUGUUGGAUGGUACCAUUCACAUCCAGGCUUUGGUUGCUGGUUGUCAGGAGUAGAUAUAAACACUCAGCAGUCAUUUGAAGCUCUCUCGGAGCGUGCAGUCGCAGUUGUUGUGGAUCCCAUACAAUCUGUGAAAGGGAAAGUGGUCAUAGAUGCAUUCCGUCUCAUCAACCCCAAUAUGAUGGUUCUCGGCCAGGAGCCUAGACAGACUACAUCAAACUUGGGACAUCUACAGAAGCCCUCUGUACAAGCUCUCAUACAUGGUCUUAACCGCCAUUACUACUCUAUUAGUAUAAAUUACAGGAAAAAUGAGCUUGAACAAAAAAUGUUGUUAAAUCUUCACAAGAAGUCGUGGAUGGAUGGUCUAACACUGUUAGAUUAUAAAGAACAUUGUUCUGUUAAUGAGACAACAGUUUCAGAAAUGCUUGAAUUAGCCAAGAACUACAACAAGGCUCUAGAGGAUGAAGAAAAGAUGACACCAGAACAGCUUGCCAUCAAAAAUGUUGGUAAACAGGACCCUAAGAGACAUUUAGAAGAGAAAGUAGAUGUCCUCAUGUCAAACAACAUUGUGCAGAAUCUAGGAGCGAUGCUUGAUACCAUGGUGUUCAAAUGAUUAUUGUCAGAUAUUUUAAUUAUAAAGUGUUAAGGUGAUAAUAAAAGUGAAAAAUAAAGGAGUACAGUCUCACAGUAA